UCGACUCUUGAACCAGCUCCGGUCUCCUUAGAGACCCCUGCGUGCUCCGCGGGUGGCCUUCCCCGCCAGGGAUCGGGCAGCCUGGAGAAGUGAGCGCUUGCGGGGCUCCGGCCACUGUUCCUCCAAAGGUCCCCCUCCUUUCCUUCAGAGGAGGGGCUGCAGCGGUGCAGGGCGCUCGGAGCGAGCCGCGGCCAGCGACCGAAGUUGCAGCUGGGCGCGGGCGACUUUUCCCACCUCCUCCCUCCGCGCGGGAAACCCCCUUUCGCUGCAGGGGGAGGAGCCGAGGUCCCUGCUCGAGGGUCUCCUCCCUCCCGGCCCCGCUGGGUGGGGCGGACUCGGGGUCGAGAUGACCCAGGAGCGGCCCAAGUUCUACCGGCAAGAGCUGAACAAGACGGUCUGGGAGGUGCCUGAGCGUUACCAGAACCUCUCGCCGGUGGGUUCCGGAGCUUACGGCUCCGUCUGCUCGGCCUUUGAUGCUAAAACUGGCCUCCGUGUGGCAGUGAAGAAGUUGUCCAGACCAUUUCAGUCUAUCAUACAUGCCAAAAGGACCUACCGCGAACUGCGACUGCUUAAACAUAUGAAACAUGAAAAUGUUAUUGGACUUCUAGAUGUAUUCUCACCUGCAAAGUCAUUUGAGGAGUUCAAUGAUGUAUAUCUUGUAACCCAUCUCAUGGGAGCGGAUUUGAACAAUAUUGUGAAAUGUCAGAAACUCACAGAUGACCAUGUACAGUUUCUUAUCUAUCAAAUUCUUCGGGGUUUGAAGUAUAUCCAUUCUGCUGAUAUAAUACACAGAGAUUUAAAACCUAGUAACCUAGCUGUGAAUGAAGACUGUGAGUUGAAGAUUUUGGAUUUUGGGUUGGCGCGACAUACAGAUGAUGAAAUGACAGGAUAUGUAGCAACCAGGUGGUACAGAGCUCCUGAGAUUAUGCUGAACUGGAUGCAUUACAAUCAAACAGUUGAUAUUUGGUCAGUUGGAUGCAUUAUGGCUGAACUUUUGACUGGAAGAACACUGUUCCCUGGUACAGACCAUAUUGAUCAGUUGAAGCUCAUUUUGAGACUCGUUGGAACCCCAGGCCCUGAGCUUUUGAAGAAAAUCUCUUCAGAGUCUGCAAGAAAUUACAUACAGUCCUUGUCUUACAUGCCGAAGAUGAAUUUUGAAAAUGUAUUUAUUGGUGCCAAUCCUCUAGCUGUAGACUUGUUGGAGAAGAUGCUGGUGCUGGACACAGAUAAACGAAUCACUGCUGCUGAAGCUUUGGCCCAUGGCUAUUUUUCUCAGUAUCAUGAUCCAGAUGAUGAGCCAGUGGCAGAUCCUUAUGACCAGUCCUUUGAAAGCAGAGAACUUGAUAUUGAGGAAUGGAAAAGCCUGACCUAUGAUGAAGUGGUCAGCUUUGUGCCACCACCACUUGACCAGGAGGAAAUGGAAUCCUGAGAAUCUGUUUCUCUUUGUCCCAUAUCACUGUGAGGGGAACAUCUUUUUCAUAGGAAUUCUCCACAUACUGUUCAAGUGCCUCUUGCCAUGAAGAUUCUCCUCGGGGGAGAAUGUGUGUGUGUGUGUGUGUGUGUGUAUGUAUAUGUGUGAAUGUGUUGAAUGAAAAGGAAGGAAAAGAAAGAUUCAGAGGGGAGUAUUUAUACAGAACCUGUAUAAAAUUGCAUGUUCUCUUGUAUUUUUGUACACAGUCUGGGACAUAUUUCUAAAGACCUGUUUGAUUGCUUUUUCGCCUUUACUGCUGAUAAUCAGCUUUCAUUGCUCUAGGUCUAGGCAGAUAGUAUGCAGGGAAGCUGAGAUUUCAGAUGCUCAGUAGAAAUUGUUGCCAUUAAAUGGCUCUUCUAUCAAGAAAAGACUUAGAAAAUGGAAACUGAACUAUUACUUGAACUGUGCUCCCUGCUUUCCAAGAUGAGGGAGUAAAGGAUUUAUUUCAGUUGCUUACACUCAGAGUGUCUCCCCGCUUUUAUAACAGCAGAAAAGCUGACUCCUGAAUGUCCGGCUAUCUUUAAUAUGAAACAGGUUAAAAAAAAAAAGUUUGUGCCUUAAAUCAGUGUUUCUCAACCUCAGCAGCUUUAAGAUGUGUGGC